GGACAUCAUAGGACACUGCAUGUUUGCAACCUGACACUGAGCGGACCAGAAAUAAACACAAGGUAGAGAUAACCUUACCCAGAUAAUAAAUAUAUACAUACAGAUAAAUUACAUCUAUAAACAUACGAAUAAUACCGACUAGACGCUGAAUAUCGAAAACAUACCAGCUCUGCCACACUGCCGUGAAUUGGAACGUAUUCCACCGUGUAUCAAAUCAUUUACGACAGUGUGCGGCCGUAUCUCCUGCCAUUGACAGGCUGUCACGACAACUCCACAGCUGAUCAAAAACAGCACAGCCGACACAGAUACCGGAGCUGUCAGGGUCAGAAGAGAGCCGGUUGUUAACAGUGCAGAGGUGAUUCCUCACCUUUUAGAAGUACAAGUUGAAGAUUAAAGGAGGAGUACAGUUUACCAGUUCUUCUUGCAUCAGCAGCUCACCAGCCCAAGGCAAUGGGAUAUGAUAUAGAGCGCUUUGUUGGCUACGUCAAUGACGGUCUGCUGUGCUGUAUCUGUCGAGAUGUGCUGGAGAAUCCACUACAGGCACCCUGCGAACACGCCUACUGCACCUCCUGUAUCCAUGGAUGGUUGGUUCAUCACCACAACUGCCCUGAGGACAGGCAGGCCCUUGAUUUAUCCAUGCUGCGACCCUUAUUCAGGUACAUGCGAAAUGACUUGAAUCGACUGCAGAUCCGGUGCCGGAAUAGAGAACAUGGCUGUGAAAUGGUGUGUUCUCUGGAAUCCGUGGACAGACAUGAGAGAGAGUGUGAAUACAGCCGAAUUCCCUGCACAAACGCUAGUUGCCCGAUGCUGGUUGAGCGUCGACACCUGGAGGCACACCUGGCGGUCUGUGAAUACCGUAGUAGGGAGUGUCUGAAUGGCUGUGGCUACACCAUUCUCAAUGCUGACGACACUCAUCACAACUGUGUAGCAGAACUGAGGACAGAGCUGGAGCUGCUCAGGUCUGAGAUGAUAUGUAAAGUUGAAGAAGUAAGGCAUGAAAUGGAAUCCCGACUGGACUCGCAGAGACGACACAUGGUGCAGAAGGAAAGCCUGCUUAAAAACGAAAUCGAGGAACUGAAGAGCCAGAUGUCGCGGGUGAUGUCAGACGUGCGCACUCUGCUGGCAGCGGAGCGGUUACACAGGCAGGACCUGGAGCAGGCCGAGCUGGAGAAGAGGGAGCUCAUGGAGUUGCUCAAGAGCCUGCAGAGAGAUGGCCGUGCAGGCAGCAACGUUACCGAGGGGGGCAUCCGCAAAACCAGCGGCACCCGAACCCUCGCCCGCCUCGACAGCAUCAAGAGGAAACCCAGAGAGGUCACCGUCAUCUAAGGCUGUGUUUCAGAGGCCUUUACCAAGAUGAUUGGAUUACAGCUAGACCAUAGCAUAUUCAAGAACAAAGAAACUGGUGCUGGGAGGAUACACAAUGAUUUAGACAACAUGGUGUCUAUGCAAUUAUACAGGUCCUCAAAUCAGCUCUGAAAACUACCGUUCAACAAUUGAAGAACCGUUAUUGCUAGGGCCCUGCGUUUUACGCGACCUGCUUUCUUAGGCUGCACUGCUCCGCAAGGUGGUCAUGUAGUCUGCUUAAUUAAACCACUUAUUGAUUAAUAAUCACCCGAUUCCUUUAAUCAUCUCAAUUAGUCAUUCUAUUAAUGCACAUUGGCGCGUUGAUUAGGCGGCAGCAGCAGCUACGGACGUUUAUUUAGUCAUGCAUCCCUUUAUUACUAAUACGUCUUAUUCAAAUUGUUUCUCAGAAUGUGUAAAUAAAAAAUGUAAAUGUUUCAGUUUACUAGUAGGAACACAUAAUUUGUCAACAAAAUAUAAAAAAAACACUGUCCCAUGUGUUAAAUGUUGCUAUUAAACUCAAGCAUCGUCAGUUGGUUAACCCUGCCUUCUUUCAUAGACUGACGUUCUGUAAAAACUUGGCCAUAAGAAGAAACACUUCUUUCAGCAUCUACAGAAUUGGUAACAACUGACAAAUAUAUUUUAGCCGUUCGUGUUAAAUUGGGAAAUAAUUCUUCAGCUUUAAUCCAAACUUCAAAGUCAUUCUACUGCCGUUUUGCAUAUGGGAGGUAUUUGUCCAUUUCUGAUUUAUAGUCAGCAUCAAAUCCUGGAAUAGAAUAUAAUGGGAGGGCUUCCAGAUCCAAACUACACACUUGUUUUGGGUCAAAUAUCCUUACUGCCAUCAGAAAGUUAUGAGUUAUUGCAUUGAUCCAGGUUGUAGUAAUUAGUCAAGUUUUUUAGAAACGUCAUGGAAUUUUUUAGUUUGUUUAUUGCGUCAUCUGUGCUGUGUACCUCUUGUGCCAUUGCUCGGUAUGUAUAUUCUGCGACUCUAUCAUAUGUUUGAUGGACUCUCACUUCACGGCUUUCAAACCACUGAAUGAGAUCCACCAGUACCUUGGCAUGCAUCGCAAUUAGGGAGAGUUGAGAUUUUAAACUUUGCACAUCUUUAAGCAAUUUCUGGAGGUCCUUUAACACUACGGUGUUUGGUGAAAUGUGCAUUUCCUUUUCCAUGAAGCCUGCGUAAAGAGGGAUGUAUUUGGAAUGAUAUUCAGCAGCAGAAUACCAAGUGCCCCAUCAUGUUAUGCAUGGCUCAGGUGGCAACUUUAUGGGUAAAGUACAGUCUUGUUGGAUUGCUUCUGUCAGGUGGUCUUUAAAAUGUAGUUUUCUGCUUGAGCAAUGUGUUUAACGGUUGCAACCAACUUGUCUGCUUUCGGAAAAUUAUUUGCCCAGAUAUUACUGGCAAGGGCUAUUAUGUGGGCAUUACAAGUCAAAUGUACUGAAUUUGGCAGUAAACCUCGAAGAAUGUCAUUGUAUGCCUUGAUCAUGUAACUGGCAUUAUCGGAGACAAAUCCAGUCACAUUAUUAAAAUUAACUUCAAAUUCGUUUAAACAUUUCACAACGCCCUGUGCCAGCGAUGAGUAAUUCACAUAGUGCAGAUUGACUGUAUCAGCUAAUAUUACUUUCAGUUCGAAGGUAUUAGAUAGUCCUUGGAGAACAAACAAAAUGUGCAAAACAUGCUGAUCUUUUGCAUUUGUAGACUCGUCAGUAACUACAGAUACACUGUCAGAUAUCUUUACUAGUUGCACAAGAUGAAAAUUGUACAACUCAGCAAUUUGGUGUAGAUAUUCCCUUCUCAGUUGACCUGCUGUAGGAAUUGCUCCCACAUUUAUUACAUGUUUGUUCAGAAAUGCACGUAGUUUGGGAUUAUCAAUUUUUUCCAGGGGAAUAUUAGCACAAACAAAUGCCUCUCAAAUCGAAAGUAACAUCUCGUUGGCGUUUAUAAUUUUCGUUCCCCUUAAGUUUUUUACUGGAGGACGCCGUCUCAUAGCUGUCAAUCUCAGCCUUUAGUUUUCUGUGUUUUUCAAAUAAAUGUCGGUCUAUUGUUGACUUUCGAGUGUGGUCCAAAGAUAAAUUGCAAGUUAAAUUAAAUAAAAAUAAAUGAUACCCAUCGGUGUACAGAACACCAGGUGGAUAUUGUUGCAUGCGUUCACUCAAUGAAAUGCUUUUUGAUUGCAGUGUCUUUGACUCAAUGUUUAGGUCUCUCGAUUUUUCUUUUAACGCAUCAAUUUAUUCAAUUACCAUUUAUACUCAUCAUAAUUAGCUUUUAUUUUUCAAAUUAGUCAAAGCGUAAUGUGUUGAUUUCUUAAUUGUGAAUUCAAUUACUGUAACUGGAGUUGCUGCAGGGACAUCUAGGGGAUAGCAGUUGAAUUACAAUUGAAAAAAACAGGUCGCCUAAAACACAGGACCCUAGUUAUUAAGUAAGUGAUAUCACUGCCACUGAGGACUAAUGUAGAAGCAAAUGGAGCAUCGUUUUGCUAUUAUUUUGGGUCACUGAAGUUCUUGUAAUUUGUCCAUUUUUUUUACCUUUGAAGUUUGUCAAACUUGUGUAGUUUUUUUUUGCUUAUGACUAAAUAGUAUAUAAUGUUUCAUUACUUUUCUUCUACACCAAAUGACUAAGCAAUACACAUAUAUUGUAUAAGUAUAAACUAUGUGAUUCCCAUACAAUUUAAUUAGUUGUUUUUUGUUCUGCUAGGUAAAGAAUGCAGCCAAACAAUGUCUUGGUGCUUUGUUUUAUAAUUUUGGAAAGUUUCUUCCAUCGCAGUCAUGAUUUGGUAAAGGUUUAUCUUUCUGAAUACACAGUACAUGUAUUUUAGAUUUCUGUUCCAUGUCAUAAUUAUGUUGUAUUGUACGACUGCCAGUAAGAAUUUUGUACAUAAGUGAAUUUUGGAUCAAGUUAUUUUCAUAUCAAGUAGUUCAUCAUCUCUAAGAAUAUUCCAUUGAAAAUGUCCACACAAAAAAGUACUGUUUAAACUGACAAUAAAUCUUCCGGUGUGAUCAUGCCAUAGCCAUUGCUUUUCACAUUUGAGAUAUUUUAAAAAAGCACUGUAUGUUUUUCACAAAUAAAAUGUUGUACAAAUGGUCAAAAACAAAUGUGAACUUUUUUGUACCAAAGUCGCAUUAAAGAAAUCAGGAAAGUACAAUAGUACAGAGUGCCUCCUCAUCUUGAGAUUUCGCAUAGUUAAUCUAAUGAAAAGAAUUAAAAGGUUUUGCUCUAAUAAACAUAUUUUAACCUGUAUUGUAAUUUAAGAGUAACGCUGGAUUGCCACCCCUGCUCUUAUUCAAAAUGCAAGAUGAUGGCACGCUGAAAGUUUAAUAGCCUAUAAAUAGAAAAGGACAACAUCUUGUUAC